UCUUUCUUUCUCGUUAUAUCUGUGAAGAAGCCACAAGAAGUUCUUUAGAAGAAGAAAGGAGAGUCUUCUUUCAACUUUUAGGUAGUUGAAUCCAGAAAUGGUUUUAGUUAGAAAUUAAUUGAAGAGAGAUAUUACAGAAUCUUUAAGGGGUCGUAACGAAUUACCCACAAUCCAGGAAACCCUGAAUUGAAAUUCAAUUCAUUAAUUUCUUUUCUUUUGCUCUGUGGUGAUUCUCCCGGGAAAAAUUUGGGUAUCUCUAUCUGAUUCUUGCGGUAGCCAAGGUUCCUUUUUUUGGGGGCAGUCAUGGGUUUCUUGUCUGCAUCGCUUCUAAUAAAGUAGUUCUCUUAAAUUUCUGUAGAAAUCUGUCGAAUUUUCAUUUUUCUUCCAUUAGAGCUCGUUUUAUAGAUCAACCAUCUUUACAACAAAAAAAAAGCUCAAAGCUUUGCAAAUUUCCGAGAAGUCAAGAGUUGAGAUUCCAUCAAUGGAGGAAAUAUCUCCGGCGGUUGCUAUACCUUUCAUGCCUUUCCCCGAAACCCAGAUGGAGUUCGCAGGGAUCAUGUUGGGUAAAGGUUAUUGCAACGGCCAAUACUCAACCCAAGAUUCCGAGAACGGCGAUUCAAGGGUUUCGUUACCGGAGACUUCGUGCUCUGUUUCUGGGUCUCAUGGAGCUGAAUCUAGGAAAGUUUUGUCCUCUCGGAUCAAUUCCCCUAACUUCAACAUGAAGAAGAAAUCAUCGUCGUCAUCGUCAGAUAUAGUCGCUGAUAUCGCCGCCGGAGGGGAGAUCAACGGAUCAGAUGAGAGAUCGACGGUUCAGAGCGAGAAGAAGAUGAUCAGCAGAACAGAGAGCAGGAGUCUGUUCGAAUUCAAGAGUGUGCCUUUAUACGGAGUGACUUCGAUCUGUGGAAGAAGACCGGAGAUGGAAGAUGCUGUCUCCACGAUACCUAGAUUCCUUCAAUCUCCGACUAAUUCUCUGUUAGAUGGUCGUUUCAAUCCCCAAACAACCGCUCAUUUCUUCGGUGUCUACGACGGCCAUGGCGGUUCUCAGGUAGCGAACUAUUGCAGAGAGAGGAUGCAUCUGGCUUUAGCGGAGGAGAUAGCCAAGGAGAAACCAAUGCUCUGCGACGGAGACACGUGGCAGGAGAAGUGGAAGAGGGCUUUGUUCAACUCGUUCCUCCGAGUUGACUCGGAGCUCGAGUCAGUCGCACCCGAAACGGUUGGGUCAACUUCGGUGGUCGCCGUCGUCUUCUCGACUCAUAUCUUCGUCGCUAACUGUGGCGACUCCAGAGCCGUUCUUUGCCGCGGCAAAACCGCGCUUCCUUUAUCCACUGACCACAAACCGGACAGAGAAGAUGAAGCGGCGAGGAUUGAGGCAGCCGGAGGAAAAGUGAUCCAGUGGAACGGAGCUCGUGUUUUCGGUGUUCUCGCCAUGUCAAGAUCCAUUGGCGAUAGAUACUUGAAACCGUCGAUCAUUCCCGAUCCGGAAGUGACGGCUGUGAGGAGAGUCAAAGAAGAUGACUGUCUGAUACUGGCCAGUGACGGAGUUUGGGAUGUAAUGACGGAUGAGGAAGCGUGUGAGAUGGCGCGGAAGCGGAUUCUGUUGUGGCACAAGAAGAACGCGGUGGCUGGAGAGGCGUCGUUGCUCACCGAUGAACGGAGAAAAGAAGGGAAAGAUCCGGCAGCGAUGUCUGCGGCUGAGUACUUGUCGAAGCUGGCGUUGCAGAGAGGAAGCAAAGACAACAUAAGUGUGGUGGUGGUUGAUUUGAAGCCUCAGAGGAAAUUCAAGAGCAAACCCUUGAGCUGAGGCAGAGGAUCCCUUUUUCUUUAUUAUUUUAAAAUUAUUAUGGGGUCUCUCAAGAAGUUAAUUUGUGCUUAUUUUUUUUAACUAACUUGCUACAUGAGAUAAUGUAGCGUAAAGUGUUAAGCUCUUUGUCUUAACUCUUUAACAAUAUAAAAGCCCCUUGUAUUUUUCCUCCCGGGCUUAUUGUAAUAUGGGUUACAAUAUACAUUUGUUUUUUGUCAACUUUACAAUAUACAUACAUUAAGAUC